AUGGACGUAGAAGAUGACCCUUUGCUCUCCCUGCUAGCAGCGGUAACGGAAGAACUACCAGAAGACGUAAAUAGUGAAACUUUAGCUAAAGCCGAGCCACCAACUUCUAGCAAAAGAAUUCUAAAAGAUGCUGAUAUCUUCCAAGAUAUAGAUAUAGAUUCGGAUUUACCAACGAAACCCCUGUCCACUGUGAUUCAUAAUGGGGACACUGACUCAUCCGAUGAUGAAGGUAAUCGAAAUUUCGAACUUAAACAAUACAAUGAAUGUGGACAAGAAAUAAAGAGGCUUUUAACUGACUCGAUAUCGCCUAGCCAUUAUGGGGCUCCAAAACAGAGAAUCGCCCGAGGAACUCCUUCUUGGUUAAAUAAGGCACCAAAGGAAAAACCACAACUCACAAAACCAUCAAUAAACCAAAACAAAAAAAGCCAAUUUGGUGAAAUCCCUCCAACAAAAAAAGAAUUUCAAGAUGUAUUAAUCGAUCCGCAUUUUUCACUGAGAAUUGUAAACCCAAAAAUUUCCUCUGCGGUGCUUCAAGAACGAAUGCAAGGUCGUCUCGCAGUGAAAUUCUCCGAUUUAUCCAGGCAAAUAUUUGCCGGCAAUUUAAAAGACAAAGAUUGGGUCAUCAGUGGAGUGGUGAUUCAUAAAUCGCCACCGAAAACUUCGCAAAAAGGUUCAGAGUAUUCUAUAUGGACUCUGUGCGAUUUGAAAGAUGACAUGAAAACUGUGGGGCUGUUUAUGUUUAGUAGCGCCCAUAAGGAGCUUUGGAAAACCAUGGUCGGGAGUGUUGUUGGUGUGUUGAAUCCUGGUAUUUUGGAGAGAAGAGAUGGAUCCAAGGAUCAGGCAACAUUGAGUGUAGACACCGCCCAAAAAGUAAUGGUUUUGGGCCAAUCCAAAGACUAUGGCAUCUGCAAAAGUAUGAAAAAAAACGGCGAAAAAUGCACCGCCGCCAUUAAUUUAAGCAUUUGCGAGUUUUGCAUCUACCACAUAAAGCAGGAAUACCAGAAAUGCAGCAAACGAUCCGAGCUGCAAGCUAAUUUCGCAGGCAAAGGCCUGGUAAACUUGAGAAACAAGGUUUUGGGCAAAAACGAGGUGUUUUACGCUGGCAAAUCGUACAUGGCAAUACCGGCAAAAAAAAGUAAAAAACUGGAAUCCAGAGAUAGUAAUAUUUUACAAAAUUUGAGCAGUUUAAAUCCGAGUUCGCAUAAUAUUAGUAAAACUAAAAAAUUGAGUAAAACACAGCCAAAAGGCAUGGCAAGACAUCUUGACGUAAAUCCAGCUCAAAGAGCCAGAGAUUUGGAAUUGUUACAAAAACUAGGUGGUCCAAGUAUAGAGGCGAAAACCAACUUUACAAAUACACAAUCGGAAGAAGUUACUCUGGAAAGCUCCAAAGCAACAGCCAUAGAAGUCAUAAGUAAAUUGAAAGCCAAAACACAACAGAAUAUUCCUGUAAAGAAGCCUCAGUAUGAUUUAAAGGGAGAUUUAUUUGUAAAUGUGGACAAUAAAAGGAGUUUUUCAGGCAAAACUUCAGAAACUCUGUCAUUGGAAGACAGCAAAAACACUGCUUUAAGUGUUAUAACAAAACUUAAAGCAAAAAAUGGUGAAACCAAAAAACUUAAUGUUGACGAGAAUGAAGGAGAAAUGAUGAUUUCAUUGGAGGAAUUUGAAGACGAAUUGAAUUAUAGUGACAAUGAGGAAAAUUUGCCUGGAACUGAGAAUGUUUCAAAUUUUAAAAAUUCAAAAUUUGAUGCAGGCAUACCAAGUGGCACUCCAAAAUCUGGACUUUUAACAGAAAAUGUCUCAAACGAUAAGUCAAUUGGUAGUUCAAAGCCUGGUAGUUCUAAAGAACUUCUUACUCCCAUAAAGAAAACUUCAAUUAUUGGAACUCCCAAACCUGGAAAUUCAAAGGAACCAUUCACUCCCAAUGGAAACAUUACUCCAGGCUCUAGGAAAACUUCAAUUGGUACUCCAAAAUUUGGAAAUUCAAAGGAACCACUUACUCCCAACGGAAAAAUUACUUCAGGCUUUGGAAAAACUUCGGUUGGUACUCCAAGAUCUGGAAAUUUGGAUGUUAAAGAAAGUGCAGAUGUUAGGAAAACUUCAUUUGGCACUCCAAAAUCAGCAAAUUUACAAGAAAAAAACACAAAUAUAAAGAAAACUACCCUAUUCGAGUCCACACCAUCAUCAACUUUACCAAAAAAUAGCCUCAACAAAUCAGCUUUAGACAACUUGACAAUGAAUAUACCAACUUUAUCUGGCUCGGGUAAAACCUUAAUUGACUUGAACAAACCUAUAGCCAGAAAACAUGUAGACCGAGCCAAAGUGAAUGCGAUAAAAUUCAUCCAAAGAAAUGGACCAAUCAAAAAAGUGGAUCCCAAUAAUACCAGAGGCUCUGGUUCCAAAAAACGAACCAUAGAAAGCCUUAUGGGUCAAAAUCCACCAGAAAACAAUAAUCAUGUAGCCAAAAAAUCCAAGCUACAAGAAAGCGAGUUUAUAUCUGAUCGGUUUAAAAAAAUGAUGGCGAUGACGUCAAUGCACCAGGAUUUGCUGCAACAGCACGACGAUAUGGAAGAGGAAAAAUACUUUAACAAGUUGGAAAUUAAAGAAAAAAUGGAGGAUAAAAUGGCUAAUACACAUAAAGUCAAGUGCAAGGCUGUCAAGUGUUUGCAAUGCAAAUAUACAAGCUUUAGUGCUUCAGAUUUGUGCAAAUCUGAACAUCAUGCUCUUAAAGUUUUUGACGCUAUGAAACGGUUCUAUAAAUGUUCCAAUUGUCAGAAUCGUACAGUCACUCUGGAACUGAUUCCGACAAGGCCCUGUACCAAUUGUGGGGGUUCCAACUGGCAAAAAACCGGAAUGAUGAAAGAGAAAAUCGCCAAGGUGCAGCACAGUUUGUCGAUAAGAGGCGGAGAGCAAAAGUUUGUCAAUUCUCACGUGGCGGAUGCUAAUUUGGAUUUGUUGGUGCCAGAUGAUUGA